AUGAGCUCGUCUUUCUUCCCAUCCUACAAGCCUCAGGUCCUCUCCCGCCAAGAGGGCUUCCACCUCCCGUCCCCUCCUCCCUCCAACUCCCCUCCCUCUCCUCCCGCAAACUCCUCCUCCAACGGCAACGGCUCGGGCAACUUCGACAACCUUUUUGUCCCUCCGCUCUUCUCCGUCCCCGACCCCUUCCGCAAGUUCCCCUCCCACCACAGCGAUCAGUCUAGUAGCGGCAUGGACUUCACCGACGAGCUGGCCUCCCUCAUCGGCACCUCCCCCUCUCAGGGACACCCCCACAACAGCUCCCAUGAGCGGUCCACUCAAUCUCCAGGAGCAUACGAUGAAUACCGAUCCCACCACACCCACAACAUCUUCGACAUCUCCGCCCCCACCUCCCACCACCAGUCCUCCCAUCACAACAACAGCAAUCAUUUCGGCGGCCAUCAGAACCCCUCCUUCUCCCUUCCACCAGCGUCCUCUCUCCAUUCCGCGAACAUCCACGGUUCUUCCUCCGUCCACAGCACACACCCGAUCCAUGAGUUCUCCGCGCACUCGCACUUUAACUCCACAGUGCCCGCGAUAGGCUCCUCCAUGCGCUAUGAGCCCCCUUCGAACAACCCGUCUUCACCAACAACCGGGAACGGAAACAACCCGUUCGCGGGCGGCGAGCCGUCGUCGUACUCCUCGCAUAUCUCCAACCUGUCCGGCAUCUCCUCGUUCCCGAACAUCAACGGCCCGUCCGACUUCCACUUGUCGCAGCCACCAAACAGUGGACCGAACGGGCAGCGCCAGACGCCAUCUCCCGUUUCCGCGAACGGCGGAGCAGAGUUCUCGCGUAGCCGAUCGCGCUCGCGCGCACCGUCGAGCGCGAUGGACCCCGCACACCCUCCGAGCACGAACGGUGGCCCGGCCCGCCGCACGCGCACGAAGCGCAACUCCGUCUCGAGCGUCUCCCCGCCUCCGCUGCACCGCGGACAUACGCAGCCGCUUGUCAUUCCGAAUGGCAACAGCGCCGGGCGGGGCCCCGCGAGCCCGCUUAGCCUGCAUACCAGCGGCUGGUUCAUGCCGCAGGGCCAGGGCAACGAGUUCGGCCUCCCGACGCCAGAAAGCGUGCAUGGCUUUAACGCAUUCAACGGCGGAACGAGUUUGGGCAGCGUCGGUCUUGGCGUGAGCCCGAAGGAGGUCAACGUCCCCGGAAUGGGAAUUGUCGGUAUGCAGAAGGGGGAAAGCCCACCAGAAGAUAUGGCAACGAAACACAGAGCGUUGAUUGCCAACGAAAAGCGUCGCCGGAGGCGCGAGUCGCACAACGCCGUCGAGCGGCGCAGGCGGGACAACAUCAACGAGAAGAUCUCCGAGCUGGCGACUCUCAUCCCAGAAUGCCUGCUCGACCCGAAUGCCACGAUUUCGAUGCCCGCCUCGCUCUCCGCGUCUGGCGAGGACCUCAUUUUCGGUGGCGUCCGCAUAAGCACGGAGAAAAAGGAGGGCUCUGGCAGCGUGGAACCCGAGGACGCGAAUCCGUCGUCGACGCCCACUACCGCCAACGGUGCGAGCGCUGCGAACGGCGGAGAUAACGGGAACGCCGUUAAGGCGAACAAGGGCAUGAUCCUCCGCAAGAGCGUCGAGUACAUCCGCUACCUCCAGCAACUCGUCAGCGCGCAGGCGAACCGCAACCGCGAUCUCGAGCAGCAGCUGCAUGCGUUCCGCGGUGGCGUCCCACCGUCUGCCGGCUCGCCCGCGAGCGCCAUGGACAGCGACGGCGAGCUCAAGCUGCUCCCUGAAGUGGAAUUUGCUGGGCUCAUCAACGGCAGCGGUGCCAAUGGUGAUGCCACGCCGUCGGCGACGGGCCGCGCGCGUCGCGGGAGCAUGCGGAAAAGCUUCCACGAGUUUGGCCUCCCGAGCGUGGAGGAGAUGGACCAGGACACGGAGCACGGCGAUCUGGACCGGCCCUCGACGUCCGGCACGGGGGUCUCUCCUGGGAGCAGCAUGGAUGAUGACUUGGAUGACGACGUUGAGGAGGACGGGGAUGAGGACGAGGACAUGGAGGAGCGCGGGCGGAAGGGCAGGGACGGGCGCCCGGUCGGCGUCAAGCGCGUGGGGCGGAAGGCUAAGAGCGUGAGCGUGGACGUGAAGGUCAAGAAGGAGAGCGAGCGCGUGGACGGCAUGGAGGUCUCAUGA